GGAUGUGGGCGCGGCCGAGCGAGCGAUCUUGCGAAAGGGGGACAGAGGGCGUGGCUUGCCAGCAGACGCAAAACAGUCUCGCGUGCGAGGAAGCCCGCGUCGUCAACUUAAUGGCAGCGCGUUUUGUUGCCUUUUUCCGCGCGCCGCCGCGAUCUGGUGCCGCGGUCAGCACUUCCGGUUCGCGUGGAUCUUUGUUUACGUGGAGAGGCACGGGGCGGGGGUGAGGGGGGUGAGGUCAGCAGGCUCGCAUGAGUCAAACCCCGUGGAGGCUCGCAGCAGUCGGGAUCUUCUCGUCCAGCAGGCUGGGCUGAGGAUUAGAAACCUUUUGGACUUCGCCUGAGCUGCAAAAGGGAAGAUACUUCUUUUGUGACUUCUGCGUUUUCAUUGGGAGUUUUUCUGCUUUACUUCGGCGUAUUGAUGCUCGCCAUGAGCGUGCCAGCCCCGCAGAAACCUGGUGCAAAAAGGACGGGCAAACGCAUCACCUUUUUCUCCGAUCAAGCCGCCGCCGCCGCCAUGAAGGAGGGCCCCCAGCAACCCGAGGGGGCCUACUACGUCCAGGCGGGCGCCGCAUCCGCACCCGGGAAAGUCGCGCUUGCGAGCGGCGCCGCCUCCAACCCGGACGCCCCUCCCCACGUGUACCUCAACUCGGUCAUCUUCAGCCCGGAUAAGGGCGACCAGAACCGGGGCCAUUAUCAGCAGACCGUCCCCAUGAAGUGGCCCCAGCAGGAGCCCGAUCGGCAGCAGCCGUCGCUGUCCCAGCAUCAGAGGUCCACCACCUGGACCACCAUGGCGAACUGGGGACAGACCUUCGCCAACUACCUGGGGGGCGUCAACGUGACGGACUCCAGGAACCAGGCCGCCUUCGGAAAGGCCGCACAAGAGACGAGCAAAGCCAGGGACGUCUACAGGGAGGCGGCAGAGGCUCGGAAUCUGGAGUGGGAGCAGCAACAGGUCUUCCAGGAGACUCUAAAACCGGGGGCGCUGAAUCCCCAGCCAAGUAACGCCUCCCAGCAGGGGGGCAACUCGGUCUUGCAGCCUUUCCAGUUAGCCUUUGGUCAGCCCAGGCAGCACCUUCCUGCCUACUACCAAACCUUCCAAGGCAACACCAGGCUACCUAACCCCCCCAACUACUCGGUGCAGGACAAACCCCCCAAGCAGCUCAAGCGGGACCGGCUCAUCCAGCAGCAGCUGCAACAGCAGCAGCGCCUUCAAUUGCAGCAGCAGCAGAUGGUUCAACAGCAAAAGAUGAAGCAGCAGCAAAUGCAACAUCAGCAGUUGCAACAACAAAGCUCGCAUGUGCUGGACUGUUACCCCCCUGCUCCCAACACGCACCCGCACCCACAACCUGUGGUCCUUCUCUCCCAGGAGUGCUCCACGUCCGCCCCCCCCAACAACAUCCCGGAACCGAUCAUCCAGGACGUCACCCCAGAUCCCUGGCAGCCCUCAGAUCCGCCUCUUCUGUCCCAGGCGCCGCUCCUGCCGGACCCCUUCUCCCAGGCGCAGCUCCCGCCGGAUACCUUGUCCCAGACGCAGCUCCGCAGGUCGCGCCGCCUCUCCAAAGAAGGGGGGGCGCCGUCGGACAGCGACCCUUUUCUCGCCGCCUGCGACCAGGCGGCCCCGGGAAUGCGGGUCCCCCACAACGGGACCCGCGACGUCCCUGCCGCCCCGACCGGCGUCAUCCAGAGCACGCACAGGAAGCGCAGGGUGUCCCAGGAGGUCAACCUCGAGACUUUGGCGCAAAAAGCGUCGGAGAUGGAGACGCUACCGUCACACGGCGUAAAGGAGGCCAACAGACCAUGGACAUCUUCCCAGCAGGGGUCGAACACCAAGCGUCCGCGAGACGACAGCCUGCUGCCUCUCGUCAUCCCCGUGUCAGUGCCGGUGUGUCCCCUUGACCCCUCGGAACCCGACCGGGACGGAGCUGCUGUGGCAAGCGUCUGGCCGCCGAGGCCUACUGACCCGCCGGAGCUGGGCGGCGCCGAACGCAAGCCCUCGGUCAUCGUAACCCGGCGACGCUCGCUGAGGAACUCCCCGUCGGAGAGCUCGGAGCAGAACGGCGGCGUCGAUUGCGAGCGGGAUGACGACGCCAAACGGGUGAAGCGGCGCCCGAGGCCGGAGCCCCUCUUCAUCCCGCCGCCCAAACUCGGCGUGUUCAUCGCUCCGCCCCUCUACUCCAGCAUCACCCCCUACCAGAGCCACCUCCGCUCCCCCGUCCGCCCGGCCGACAACGCCAUGCCGCCCUACACGCCGCCGCCCAUCCUCAGCCCCGUGCGCGAGGGCUCGGGCCUCUACUUCUCCACCUUCCUUUCCUCCGCCGGGGGCCUGGCGCCGCCCGCCACCCCCAAGUCGGCCACACGCAGCCUCCUGCGCUCCAGUAGCUGUGACAUGACGCCGCCAGUCCUCUGCGCCAUGACCGAGGUCACGCCAGUCAGCAUGGAGCCGUGAGUGUUGUGCACCCCCUCCCUCCUGCCUCAAAACCUUUCUUUUCAGUGGAAUUAUACAUCCCCCCCCCCCCCC